AUAUUUUGAAAAGCAGUUUUGUAUAGCAGAGGAAACAAAACUGCCCAUGUUUCUCCAUUGUAGAAACUCCCAUAAAGAAUUCUUAGAUAUAAUGAAGAGAAACAGAGACAGAAUUGUUGGUGGAGUGGUACAUUCAUUUGAUGGUAGCAAAGAAGAAGCUGCUGCUAUUGUAGAUUUAGACCUGUAUAUUGGCAUCAAUGGAUGCUCUUUGAAGACAGAAGCUAAUCUUGAAGCAAUGAAGUCAAUCCCCACAGAAAGACUAAUGAUAGAAACUGAUGCACCUUGGUGUGGAGUGAAAAAUACACAUGCUGGCUCCAAGCAUGUAAAAACUACAUUCCCUACUAAGAAGAAAUGGGAGGCUGGCCACUGCUUGAAAGACCGAAAUGAGCCAUGUAACAUCAUUCAAGUUCUGGAGAUCAUGGCUGCAGUGAGAGAAGAAGAUGCACUAGAACUUGCAAAUACUGUGUACAACAAUACACUGAAGGUUUUCUUUAUGGAUAAAUUGUAAACUGAAAUUUAUUGUUCAAAAGAAUACCGUGGUUUAUGAAAACAAAUUGCAAUAAAAAAAUAAAAAUGAA